AGCCGGGCUGCCCCUCCGGGCCACGAGGUGACCUUCCUGCCGGGUCUGGCCAAGCAGCCCUCCUUCCGGCACUUCUCGGGCUACCUCUGUGCCGGGCCGGGCAAGCGCCUGCACUACUGGUUUGUGGAGGGCCAGAGCAACCCCAUCCAGCCCGACGGCGUCACGCUGAAGUACAACGACUAUGCCUGGAACAAGAUUGCCAAUGUGCUCUACCUGGAGUCCCCUGCUGGCGUCGGCUUUUCCUACUCUGAGGACAAGAAGUACGCCACGAAUGACACCGAGGUCGCUCACAACAACUAUCUAGCGCUGAAGGAGUUCCUCCGGCUCUUCCCCGAGUACUCCAAGAAUGAUCUCUUCCUCACAGGGGAGAGCUAUGGGGGAGUCUACAUCCCCACGCUGGCAGAGUGGGUGAUGCAGGACCCCAGCCUCAACCUGAAGGGAAUCGCCGUGGGAAACGGCCUCUCCUCCUAUGAGAUCAACGACAACUCACUGGUUUACUUUGCCUAUUACCAUGGCCUUCUGGGGACUGAGCUGUGGAGGGACUUGCAGGCCUUCUGCUGCUCCCAAGGGAAGUGCAACUUCCACGACAACUCCAACUUGAACUGCACACUCAAGAUGGAGGAGAUGAUUCAGAUCGUAGAGGAGUCUGGCCUCAACAUCUAUAACCUCUAUGCCCCAUGUGAUGGUGGUGUUCCUGGGAGCAUGAGGUAUGAGGGUGACUAUCUCAUCACACACGACCUGGGCAACUCCUUCAUCCAGAUGCCAAUGAGGUUCUCCUGGCGGCAGAACCUGUUCCGGAUGCCGGUAGCCCGAAAGAAGGUCCGGAUGGACCCUCCCUGCACGAACUCCACAGCCCCCAGCAUGUAUCUGAACUCCCCAGAGGUGAGGAAGUCUCUCCACAUCUCCCCCGACGCCGCAGAGUGGCAGGUGUGCAGCUUCGAGGUGAACCGCAGCUACAAGCGCCUGUACAUGCAGAUGAACGACCAGUACCUCAAGCUGCUCGGAGCCACGAAAUACCGGAUCCUGGUGUACAAUGGGGAUGUGGACAUGGCCUGCAACUUCCUCGGGGACGAGUGGUUUGUGGACUCCCUGUGCCAGAAGGUGCAGGUGGCUCGCCGGCCCUGGCUGUACACUGAAAGAGGUGAGAACCAGAUCGGGGGCUUUGUGAAGGAGUUCACCAACAUCGCCUUCCUCACCAUCAAGGGAGCUGGCCACAUGGUGCCCAUGGACCGGCCACUUGCUGCCUUCACCAUGUUCAGCCGCUUCAUUAAGAAUGAGCCUUACUAG